UCCGGCGAUGGACACCGUCGCCUCAUGGCGCCUCCUCUCCCCGCCUCCCUGCCCGCAGCAGCUACCCAAGCGGCAAGCGACCUUCGCGGCCUCGCCACGGCAGCAUUCGGCCAGCUCCAGCAGCGCCAAGUUCAGGCUCCUCUGCCACCUCCACCUCCAUGACAAGAUCGAUACACAUAUAGCUACCAAUAAUCUUGCAUUGGUUUCGUUGCCAUUGCCGGCCACCUCACCCAUAUCGAUCUCGCCUACAAUUCCUGCCGCGCCGCGGUGUCUGAUCGUCCAUGCUCUUUGUUCUGUUUCCCGUUUGCUUCUUGGACGAGACGACGAACGCGCAGCCAGCGGCGUCGGUGCAGCAGAGCUCGCAGCUGCAGAGGCUGGCAACGGUGCUACGGUGCGGCGCCGUCUGGGCAGCUGUACGUACAGGAGUGUCCAUCACUGCCCGGCCCUGCAGCUUGGUUUGAUAAUGCUGCCGGCCGGAAUCGAACGUGUGAUAUCGCAAAUGCUGUAUAAUGUACCUAGGUUGAGGCGCCGGCGGCGCUGGCGGUGACCGGGGAGGAGGACAUCGACCUCCUAGCGAUCCUGCCGCCGAUCGCGGUGUUCGCCUUCUUCUACU